AUGGAUCAAGUUACUUUUAAAGUGAAUGGAGUCGAAUGUUCAGUCGGCAAUGAAGUUAGCUCGUGCGUGACGCUCUUGGACUAUGUCCGUGAGAAGCUGGAGUUGCGUGGUACGAAAUACUUGUGUCGGCAGGCAGGUUGCGGGGCGUGCAUCGUCAGCGCUCGAAGACCGAACAGUCAACCUUACGCAAUUAAUUCGUGUAUUUUACCGAUUAUCGCAUGCCAUGGAUUGGAGAUAACGACAAUAGAAGAAGUAGGUAAUAGAAAUAAAGGUUAUCAUCCAACACAAGAAACACUUGCCAAAUACAAUGGCUCCCAAUGCGGAUACUGCUCUCCUGGAUGGAUUAUGUCAAUGUACAGCCUGCUUCAGAGCAAAAAGAACCUUACAAUGCUAGAAAUAGAACAGUCAUUAGCAAGCAACAUAUGCAGAUGUACCGGCUACAGAUCCAUACUGAGUGCUUUGAAAAGGUUUGCCACAGAUGCUCCUGAUAAAAUUACAGUCACUGAUAUAGAAGAUUUGACAAAUUGGAAGCAAAAUUGUAAAUCUUGUGAUAAACUAUGUGAGAAUGAAAAUAAUGAUUGGUGUAUACUAUCUGUAAAAGAUUUUAACAAUGAAAUUCUUAAAAUAAAUUUAAAAGAUGGAAAGACAUUUUAUCGAGCUACUACGGUGUAUGAUAUUUUCUCCGUAUUAAAUAAAGAAGGUUGUGAUUCAUAUAAGCUAAUCUGUGGAAAUACAUCCAAAGGAGUUUAUCCAAAUGACGAUGUGUUUGAUAAUCCUCGAGUUUUAAUUGAUAUAAGCGAUGUACAUGAACUAAAAAAUCACAUACUUGACCAAAACCUGAUCCUAGGCGCAGGCAAUACCUUGACUGAAGUGUUAGAAAAAUUUGAAGACAUCUCCAAGGAAGAAUAUUUCAGUUAUUUAAAAAUAUUAAAUGAUCACAUUAAAUUAGUUGCUCACAUUGCCGUGAGAAAUAGAGGUUCAAUAGCAGGCAACUUGAUGAUUAAACAUCGACAUCAGGAAUUUCAAUCGGAUAUAUUUCUUUUGCUUGAAACUGUUGGAGCUCUGUUGACUGUAGUUAAUUUAAACGCAGUAACACAAAUCGUUACAAUGCAGAAAUUCCUUCAGCUCAAUAUGAAAGGAAGUAUAAUUUUGAAUGUACUGCUGCCACCAUUAAACAGCAAGUAUAAAUUGGUUACUUUUAAGAUAAUGCCCCGCUCCCAAAACGCACAUGCAAUAGUUAAUGCUGGGUUUUUUUACGAGUUAAAUGAUAGAAAUAUUGUACAGCAAGCUAGAAUAGUAUUUGGGGGUCUUUCGGCUAAAUUUAUAAGAGCAUCAGAGACAGAAUUAUUUUUAAUAGGAAAAUCAUUAUUUACAAAUGAGAAUUUGCAAGUAGCCCUUAAAGUUCUUGAAUCUGAAUUGAUUGUGGAGAGUAACCCACCCGAACCUUCAACGGCUUACAGAAAAAAAUUGGCAUUGGGAUUGUUUUUUAAGGGCCUACUUAAACUCUGUCCAAAUGAAAUUAUUCAUCCUCGUUUUAAAUCUGGUUUGAUCAAUCUCCACGACAUUCGACCAGUGUCUGAAGGUAGCCAAGUAUAUGACACAGAUCGUAAUACUUGGCCACUUAAUCAACCAAUCCCAAAAAUGGAAGGUUUGAUCCAAUGCGCUGGUGAAGCAAUGUAUACCGAUGAUAUUCCGACCUUUCCAAAGGAAGUGUAUGCAGCUUUUGUACUCAGUACCAUUGGAAAGGGCCAUAUAUCAAGCAUAGAUGCUACGGAGGCCCUGAAAUAUCCUGGAGUAAUAACAUAUUACACUGCAAAAGAUAUUCCUGGUCUAAAUUCUUUUACUCCUAUAGAUGACCCUGUGUACAGUAUAAACGAAGAAGUUUUAUGCAGUGGUGACGUUAAAUAUUACAACCAACCUUUAGCUCUUAUUGUUGCUGAUACACAAAGUACAGCUGAUACAGCAACGAAACUAGUUAAAAUUCAAUACACAAAUAUUCAGAAUCCUGUAAUUGAUGUAAAAGAAGCUAAACUGGAUCCUAAGCGGAAUAUGUUGUAUAAAGAAGUCAAAGCUACUGAUAAAGGGUGUGAUGUAAACAGAGUUUUAACAGGUGGUAACACGAUAUACGGACAACAACACUUUUCAAUAGAAACACUCGUAUGUGUUACUAAACCUAUUGAAGAAGGUAUAGCUGUGUAUGCCACAUCACAAUGGUUAGGCGCAAUGCAAUUAAUGAUAUCACGUGCUCUGAAGUUGGAUCAAAGCAGGAUAGACGUCCACGUUCGCCGUCUAGGUGGCUCGUACGGUAUUAAGAUAUCUCGAAGUAUACAAACCGCAGUAGCUGCUAGCCUAGUCGCUACGAAACUAAACCGCCCGUGUCGUAUUAUUAUGAACCUGGAAACAAAUACUAGGUCACAAGGAAAGAGGUUACCAUGUUCUACUGAUUAUGAGAUAGGCGUUAACAAAUCAGGUGCUUUUCAAUACGUAAACUACACGAUAUAUGAAGACAAUGGAUACGCAGUCAAUGAGAAUUUAACAGAGUUCGGAAGUAAAGUUUACCACAAUUGUUACAACGCUUCAACUUGGAACUAUAAAUGUUACAACACUAUUACUGAUACGGCAAAGAAUACUUGGUUUAGAUCACCAGGCACUUUCGAAAAUAUAGCCAUGGUUGAAAUGAUGAUGGAGCAACUAUCCUAUACAUCAUCAAUAGAUCCAGCACAACUUCGAUUAACAAAUUUAGAUCCACAGGAUAUUGAGUUGAAAGAGAUGUUUGAAACAUUGAAAUAUAAUUCUGAAUAUACGAGAAGAAGAACAGAAGUAAAUAACUACAAUUCUCAAAACAGAUGGAAGAAAAGAGGUAUAAGAUUCGUUUUUCUAAAAUGGCAACACAUACAACCACGAUACUUUGAUGUAAGCCUUUCAGUAUUCCAAGGAGAUGGAACUGUUAUUAUAUCUCACGGCGGUGUUGAGAUCGGACAAGGAAUAAAUACAAAAGUAUCUCAAAUAGCUGCUUAUAUGUUAAAAAUACCCAUAGAAAUGAUUAUUGUAAAAGAGAACAAUACUACGGUGUCCCCUAAUUCAGCUGUUACCGGUGGGAGUAUAAGUACGCAGAACAUAAUAAUUGCUGUAGAAAGGUGUUGCGAAGAACUAUUGGCGAGACUGGAACCGAUAAGGCGCAAAUUAAACAACCCAACUUGGGAAGAACUAAUUCAAAACAGCUUUGAAAUGUCGCUAGAUCUUCAGGUACAUGGUUUCGUAAAUAAGGAUGACAUGCAGUACUAUCAGGUAUAUGGAGUAACGGUAGCUGAAGUAGAAAUAGAUGUACUGACUGGAGAACACGAAAUAUUAAGAGUUGACAUCUUACAAGAUGUUGGUAAAAGUAUAAAUCCAGAUCUUGAUGUCGGUCAAGUGGAAGGUGCAUUUGUUAUGGGCAUUGGUUAUUGGACGAGUGAAAAGCUGGUCUAUGACAAAAAGACGGGAGAACUGCUCACAGAUCGUACUUGGAAUUAUUAUGUACCACAAGCAAGAGAUAUACCCCAAGAUUUCAGAGUGUACUUUAGAAAAAACUCUUAUUCUAAUAAAAUUCUGUUUGGGUCUAAAGCAUGUAGCGAGUCGCCAAUGUGCAUGGCGGUGUCAAUACCAAUCGCCAUCAGAGAAGCUAUUGUAUCAGCGAGGCAAGAAGUCGGUAUACCUAGCACGGAAUGGUUUCACAUUGAUGGUCCUUAUACUACUGAAGAGAUAUAUAUGGCAUGUGCAACGAGGAGUGAAGAUUUUAGAUUAAAUUAA